AUGCUUCGAAUGAACCGUUUCAUAUUGCCUCUUAUUUGCCUUCCCUCGCUGGUAUUUGGGUUUCCCAAUUCUCCCGAAUACAUCCCUAAUAGCGACUCGUGUUCGGCUAUCAAGAUCGAUUUGGAGUGUGCAUGGAAAGGCCUUCCCGAGCUGGCCAACUUGGCGGCCGAGAGUUUGAUCAGCUGGGCCAGCUCGUCUGGAUGCGAUGACACUGAACUCGUGGACGAUGCUAUGAAACGCAUUUUCAACGUCGAUCGAUCGAUCAUGAGUAAGGGCGAGGUAAAAGAAAUAUAUGGGACAAUAGGAGCGUUUAUGCUCGGGAUCAAUAGAUUGCCCCAGGCCCAGGCACCUCUUUUAGCUUGCGACUGGAAAUGGCUCCAGAACAAGCAUGACGAAAAGACCAGUGACCAAGUAUCAAAAGAGAUGGGGCUUGAUCGUGACAAGGAGAUUGCUCUUUGGGAUGAUAUCGAAAAGGCCUGGGUGUCGCUUCCAGCCCAUUUUAACCAAAGUAAAAGCGACGUCCUAGCGUCUACUUACCAUGGCGAACGAGAUAUCAUAGUCGUUAGUGGUUUCCGCGGCAAGAACAGGGCAGUCUUGCGAGAGGGAAACAAUCAGCCGACGAGGUUGGUCAAUUCUCCAAGGAAAAGCACACUUCAGUUUGGAAUUGAAUGGUUGUUGGCCACUCUGACGGCAGCGUUGUUUCAUGAGUUCACCCAUCUCGAAUCUGUGGGCGCAUCCGAGGACCAACUUCUAAAGGACGGCAAGACGGUCGCCUAUUCAUGGAGUGAGAUCAAGAAAUUAGCGCUCGAGAAAGAAAAGGAUGAUGUGACUGAACUCCCGAAAAGCGUUGUGAAUGCCCAAAGCCUAACUGCUUUUGUCCUUGUUUUAUGGCUGCAGCUUAAAGGCCAAUUCCGUUUUGACUAUGAUACCGGGAUGUUCGUCCCUCCAAGCUCAAAGGAAAAGCCAAAGAGUCCCAAGCGGGAUAGUAUUGACGAUGCGCUUAAAUCCAACAAGCCUCCAAUACCUACGAAGCCCGAUUGUCUGAAAGUCAAGAAAUUAAAGACAUAG